AUGGAGGAAGUCAGAACAGCUGUUUUUCACACUAACUCUUUUAAAGCUCCGGGUCCUGAUGGAUUUCAAGCUUUCUUCUUCAAAGAAUAUUGGGAGAUCAUUGGUCUUGAUGUUUGGAAGAUGGUUAAGCAGGCAUUCUCCGGUGUUACUCUUGAUCCGAGAAUGUUGGAGACUUUACUGGCCGAUUCUCUCUGCAAUGUAGUUUACAAGAUCAUCACGAAGGUCCUUGUUAAUAGGCUUCGUCCUCAUCUUGCGGAUAUUGUUGGCCCACUUCAAGGAGGAUUUAUUCCGGGACGAGAAACUCCUGACAACAUCAUUAUUGCUCAAGAAGUCCUCCACUUUAUGAAGAAGACUAAAUCAAAGAAAGGCACACUGGCCUUUAAGAUUGAUCUAGAGAAGGCUUAUGACAGAGUUAACUGGAGCUACAAAGAGACAAGUGCAAAAUGGAUGUUGGUUUUAGAGACUUUUUGCAAAGCAUCUGGGAUGAAGAUUAAUGUGGAGAAGUCUAAAGCGCUUUGCUCUAAGAAUGUCUCUGCAACAAGGAAAGAGAUUUUCACUGGUAUCCUCUAUCAGAUUGUCCAGGCUUGGGCUAGCAAGCUGGAAAGGGAGUUUACUCAAUCGGCUGGUAGACUCUGCUUGGUUAAUUCUGUUGCCGCCGCUAUUCCCACGUACCAGAUGCAGGUCUCUAUUUUUCCCAAAGGAAUCAUUAGUAAAUUGGAGUCUAUGAUGAGGAAUUUUCUUUGGAAAGGACAAGUUGAUGGAAGAGGAUUGAAUCUUGUUAGUUGGAAGGCAAACAAGCUAUGGGUCCAAUUGUUGGAUGCCAAGUACCGAUCAUCUCUAUAUGACUGUUUUAGUUAUCCUAAGAACAAGGACUCUCCCAUUUGGAGGUGUCUUUGCAAGGCUUGGGAAGUGUUGAAGGAUGGCUGGAGGAAAGAAGGACGGUUAUCUAAUGAGAUGGAUUAUGUUCACAUUUCUGAUUCGAAUCUCCGGAUACAAGAUAUUUGGUCGGUUGGUAGGUGGCAUUUGGAUACUCUUUAUUCUCCUUUAUCUCAAAAUCUGAAAGGUAAUAUUCUCUCUUACAAUCCAGAUGAACAAGCAGGUCCGGAAGUGGGUUGGUAUUGGAGUGGGUCUGCUACCAAAGUCUAUAACUCACGCAAUGGUUACUUGUGGUUGUGUAAGCAACUGUUUGGUUGGGAGGAGUGGGAGAAUUGGCUUUGGCUUUGGCGUCAGCUUGUUCCGGAAAAGCAUAAGUUUUUGGCUUGGUUGUGUCUUAAGGAGGCUCUUCCUACUGCAAGUUUUCGCUUUAGAAGAGGGAUGUCGUCAUCGGAUAGGUGUCCAAGAUGUCUUUCUAGCCAGGAAUCGGUUUUACAUUGUAUUCGGGAUUGUCCAAAAGCUCAGCUUGUCUGGCAUAGGUUGGAUAUUUCUUGUCAUCCUUUGGAUUUGAAGAACUGGUUCUUGUAUCAUAGCAGAGAGCAUCCGUUCAAGUUCUUUUCGGGACUUUGGUGGAUAUGGCGAGCAAGGAAUAAUGACAUUUAA